AUGCAGCCUACAGAGUUGACAGGCAGGCCAAGGAUCAACAAGGCAGGGUUAAUCGUGACUGCUGAGCUGGAUCAGGCUAUUUCGAGGUGUCGAAGCAAGGUUCAGAAAUUGGCGAAGGACUGUCGGAGAGGGAACAGACGAUACCGGCGAGUCCAUUUCCGUCGUCUGCCCACGGACACUCUGAUUUCAUGUGCUGAAUUCGAUGCAUGUCGUAGGGAUAUCGAUUUCGACUUAUUGGAGGAUCGAGACAACUGCCUGCACGGUAUCAUUGUGGAACCCAACCCCAAGAAGUAUACACCUACGGAGGCCCUGCGCGUUACUCAGAUAUUCCACGAUCCUAAGUUCUUCGUGGAUGGUGCGACGGCAAGCGAUAUUGCACAAGGCUACCUGGGUGACUGCUGGUUCCUCAGCGCACUGGCUGUGGUGGCGACCGCUGGACUGAUCGAACAAAUAUGUGUGGAGAGAGAUGAAAAAGUCGGUAUCUACGGUUUCAUUUUCUGGAGAGACUCGGGAUGGGUGGACGUCAUUAUCGACGAUCUUCUCUUCGUGAAAGUUCCCCGCUGGACGGCUCUCACGGACAGAGAGCAUAUGUUGUAUAAGAACGACCAAGAUGCGUAUGCAAAAGACGCACGAAAGGGAAGCAAAGCCCUUUACUUCGGAAAGUCUCGGGAAGAAAACGAAACUUGGGUGCCUCUAAUCGAGAAAGCUUAUGCUAAGCUGCACGGAGACUAUGCAUCCCUAGAAGGAGGAUAUACGAACGAAGCAGUGGAAGACCUGACCGGUGCUGUAUCGACUUUGAUGUACACACAGGACAUCCUCGACCCCGACGAAUUCUGGAAGAGCGAACUACUGAACGUCCGAGAAGAUCGUGCCUUUGCUUGCUAUAAUCCGAAUACCAUGAACAUGACUGGCACGACUCUUACGAAUGGACUCGUCGUAAAUCAUACAUACUCUGUCAUCAAAGCCAUCGAGUUCAAUGGAAAGAGGUUCCUGAAAGUCCGAAAUCCGUGGGGUAUGUAUGAGUGGACUGGAAGGUGGAGCGAUGGGAGUAAGGAGUGGGAGGGACAGUGGUUGGAGGCGCUUUCCGCUCUCGACUAUAAGUUCGGAGACGAUGGAGAAUUCAUCAUGGAAUACUCCGACUUCCUGCAAGCUUGGGAUGUUGUUGAGAAAUGCCGACUAUUUGACGAGCAAUGGUCCUGUAGCCAGCUCUGGUUAUUAGCAAACCUGGCAACUUACCCGCGACCCACGAACUAUGGCGACGUCUCCUUCACUUUCUCGCUCUCCAAAGAUACAGAUGCUGUAAUCGUGCUCGCACAGCUUGAUACCCGAUACUUCCGCGGUCUAUCGAGCCACUAUACCUUCAGUCUGCACUGCCAGAUCUUCAAGGAAGGCCAAGAUGACCCGGUCUCUAUGUCCACUCACAACAAAUUUUGGGACCGGAGCGUCAAUUUGGAGGCGUUUCUAGAGGCGGGCGAUUAUGUCGUGCAGGUGCCUAACUUCUCAUGA